UCCGGUGUUUCGGUGUUUCUUAGACGACUUCUAUAAAUAUACGAAGAUUCUCAAAAAUGAAACUUAAACUGAAAAUGACACUUUUCAAGUCUUUUAAAAAACAAAUAAAAUCCAGCAAGUGUUUGCUAAAGAAGACGUUGCCAAAAAAAUUUUCAAAGUAUAAGGAGUCAACCAAUUGGUUAGAAUCAAUAGGUAAAAAAUAUGAUUAUUCGGACUUCAAAUCCGUUCAAAUAAUAGGCAGGGGUUCCUACGGAAUUGUAUCAUGUGCUACUCGGAAAAAUCAAAUUUUUGCUUUGAAAUCUUUUUAUAGCGAUAGGACAACUCUUAUCGUUAGAGAGUUAAAAUUACACAUGCUUGUUCAUCACGAAAAUAUUCUGCGGUUCUACGGAUACACAAAAACAGAUAACGAUGCAGCUUAUCAAUAUUGUCUAGUAUUAGAAUAUGCUGAUAGUGGCACACUAAACACGUAUUUGAACGACCAUUUUAAUGAACUUGAUUGGAAUGAUAAAUUUAGAUUAGCUUUGCAAUUAGCAAAUGCUGUGUCACAUUUGCACGAUAAUAAUAUCAUUCAUUGUGAUCUGCAUGCAAACAAUAUACUUAUACAUCAAAAAAAUAUCAAACUAGCGGAUUUUGGUUUAUCGAAACAAAUAUCUAAUGAAAUAUCUAAUGAAACUAGUAGUGUAAUUGGUGUAAUACCAUAUAUAGACCCGAAAUGCUUCGAUAACAAAAAUUAUAAAUUAGAUAAGAAAUCCGAUGUAUAUAGUGUUGGAGUUAUAAUGUGGCAAAUUUCAAGUGGACGUAAACCAUUUGAAAAAAUUAGUUAUAAUAUAAGGUUAAGCUCAGAGAUAAUAAACGGAGAAAGAGAAAAAACUAUCAAUGGCACCCCUGUAGAAUACAGUGACUUGUAUACAGACUGUUGGAAUUAUGAACCAGAUGAACGUCCAAAUAUUCGAGAAGUUGCUUUAAUUCUUGAUCAAUUAAUCACCAAACUCACAUAUAAAAAGACUUUACUUCGUGUAAAUAAGGUUGAUUCAAAAGAUUUAACUAAUCCUAAAAUAAGAAAACCUGAUGACCGGCGUGGUAAAUUUGUAGUUAAAAAAAUUUAUAAGGGACAAGAAGUAGCUUGUAAAUCCAUAUCAACUAACAAAGAAGAAAUUAAAACGAGUUCAAAAUCACAAAGACUUCUUGAAAUUUUAAUGAAAUUAUCUGAGUGUAAAUAUAUUCUAAGAUUUUACGGUAUUUCGACAAUUGAAAAUCAUAAUGUUAUGAUCUUUGAAUGGGCUGAACUUGGAAAUUUAAGACAACUUUAUUUAAAAAAAAAUAUCUUAUGGCAUUGUAAGGUCCGGAUUGCACUUGGAAUCUGUCGUGGACUCACAUUUUUACAAGAGGAUGGUAUUUUACAUAAUGACCUGAAAUGUCAAAAUAUCUUAAUGACAGAAAGUUUAGAACCCAAAAUUUAUAAUUUUGAGUCAGCACGUUAUUCUGGUGAUAAUAAUGUUACAGAUCCUUCGGUAGAAGAAGCGGGAAAUAUAUUGCGUUGGAUAGCUCCUGAAAAAUUAACUGAUUCCCAAUAUACAACUCAGGGUGAAAUUUUUAGUUUUGGUAUGUUAAUUUGGGAACUUAUUUUUGAAAAAGUUCCAUAUAAAGGUUGGAAAGUAGAAAAAAUUAAGGAUCAUAUUAUUAAUGGUGGUAGAGAGAGAAUUUUAUUUGGAGCUGAAGCUCCUGAAAUUUAUCAAAAAGGCUGUGAAAAUAUUAUAAACGAAACUUGGAAGCAAGACCCACAAGAACGUAUUUCCUCUUUUACGAAAUUAUUGGAUAUGUUGGAAGAAUUGUAUAAUUCUAUUCGUUGUAUGUUUGACGUAAAUUCAUUAGGUUUACUUCCCGAGAAAAAUUUAGAUAUAGAUGAUGAUUUAGAAUUACCAGAUGAUGCUAGAUGGUGAUUAGCAUUGCCAGAUAAUGGCAUUAAUCCCGUAGUACAUAAUUUUACUGGAAAAGGUUUACUACUCAGGGGAUAUAAUUUCGCAAUACAAUUCAUUUUUUAAUGUAACAUAUUUUAAAAAAUGUAAAUAAUAAAUGUACAUAUUAUGAUUUCGUCUAUAAUGAUAACGAACUGAAAGAGUAGGUCGCGUACAGGGAUUUUAAAGAGUAAAGAGCAAUUAGCCAAGUUUCGACGCGAAAUGGUUGAAAUUAAAAACCUAAUGAAGCCAUAAGGUCUAGAAUAAAUACGUGAUGAUUUGGUUAGAGUCGAAAACGAACACGAGACAUUGUUUAAGAAUAUUGAACAAGUGAAGAAGAAACAAACGCUACGUAUAGUGGA